CAGGAUGGGAGCAGGGAGCUUGAGUGAGCCCUUCCUGCUCACUGGAAGCCCCCGUAUCACUUUGCACACUUCUGUGAUGAUGGUGGAAGCAGGGAAAGCUGCCGGGGACAGGUUUCAUCCCUGGGCUGCACAAGGCCCUGGGGAUCAGGGAUUUCUGGGCACAUUCCCUGCUCUGGUCCUCCGGUGCCUGUAUCCAGCAGGUGGCCUUGCGGAGACCAGCACGGGUUUUGCCCUGGGACCCUGCAAAGUCUCUUCCUUCCCUUUGCAGUAAACUUUCAGCCACUUCUCUGGAUGAUAAAUAAAUGGGGAGCUCUCCCAGCAGCUGGUCAGGAGUUGUCGUGGCUCCACGGAUCCGAGCGCAAGCACCGUGGUGAUGCAGAUGCCCCGUGCCGAUGCGGGCGGGAUGCAGGCGCUGGCAGCCCUCCGCCCACCCCAGGGCACCCCGCAGCGCGCGUCCGCUCCGCCGGGCGCCUGCGUGUGCCGGAGCAUGGGGCAGGACAGAAAUAUGCCUGUGGAGAUAACGCGGGUCCCGCCAGCUGCCAUGUCUAUCUUUGGCCGGCUCUCCGGUUACCAGCCGCCUCCUCCAGCUGCCUCCAAAGACAGGCAAAGUCACCUCGCGGCGCCUGUGCUGGAAACCACGGGGAAACAGAGGGAGAAUCGCGGGCAGGGAUGAGAUUGAUGGGAUUUCUGUUGAAGGAGUGAAGGACGCCGCGUGUCCGCCUGAGCCAUGGCGUUGCUGUGCUACAACAAGGGCUGCGGGCAGAGGUUUGAUCCCGAGCACAACGCCGAGGAUUCCUGCCAGUACCACCCGGGCGUCCCCAUCUUCCACGAUGCCCUGAAGGGCUGGUCCUGCUGCAAGAAGCGCACGACGGACUUCUCCGAGUUCCUCUCCAUUAAGGGAUGCACAAAGGGGUUCCACAGCAAGGAGAAGCCCCCUGAGCCUCUCCAAGAGGAGAGCUCAGACAAGCCGAAGGCCAAGCCAGUGGCGGAAUUCAUCAUCCAAGGACCAAAAUCAGCUGAGAAGAUGCAGCGGGAAAGACCAAGCUCUGAUGAGCCACGACAACUGCUGCCAAUUAAAGUAUCCAGGUCUCUGGAGCAGGCGCUGGAGAAACUGAGCCUGUCCCCCAACGACAAGGUGCCCGAGGGCGGCUGCACAGGGGAGGUGGCUGUGCAGGUGAGAGCCGGCACCACCUGCAAGAACGCAGCCUGCAAGGCGGUCUACCAGGGUGCAGAGAGCAACGCAGAGGUUUGUACUUUCCACCCUGGUGUUCCUGUCUUCCACGAGGGGAUGAAGUACUGGAGCUGCUGCGGGGUCAGAACCACAGACUUCAGCGCCUUCCUGGAGCAGCCGGGCUGCAGCACCGGGCGGCACUGCUGGACGGGGAAGGCGGACAAGAAGGCGGUGUCGUGCCGACAGGACUGGCACCAAACCAGCAGCCAAGUGGUGGUGACAAUCUACGCCAAGAACCCCCUGCCCGCCCUCAGCAGCGUGAAGGCCAACCGCACCGUGCUUGAGGUUCACGUCAUCUUUGAAGGGAAUAAGAUUUUCCAGGCAGAACUCGAUCUCUGGGGGGUCAUCGAAACGGAGAAGAGCUUUGUGAGCAUGGUCCCUACCAAGGUGGAGAUCACGCUCUGCAAAGCCAGCCCGGGGCCCUGGGCCAGGCUGGAGCACCCCCAGAGCAGGGCGUGCUCCCAGGGGGAGCCGGAGAAGGCGGCUGCCAGCACGGAGGAGCCGGAGGAGGACUCUGACGACAGCCUGAGCUGGUCGGAGGAGGACGACGAGGAGAUGGAGGCAGCUAACAGCACGGCGCUGCCGAGGGGCUUUGACAUCAGCUCUGGAUUAGCAGCCCAAACCCAGAGCAGCAUGUAACCCCCCCCCGCCCCCCCUUGGGUCACGAGGGGCAAGCAAUAAAAACGCAGAGCAAAGGAUGCAAAA